AUGGUCCAGUGCUUGACGUACUGUUGUAGGCUAUCCUACAAUACUGCUUCCAACAAGACUAGGCUGUCCCAGACCCCUGGUAAUAGAAUUGUUUACCUUUAUACCAAGGAGAAUGAGAAGACACAAUCUGCAUGUGGUGUGUGCCCAGGCUGACUUUGGGGUGUUCGUGCUGUGAGGCCUAAAGUUUUUAUGAGGUUGUUUAAAACAAACAAAAAAAAACAUGUCAGCAGAGCAUAUGGUGGUUCCAUGUGUGUUAAAUGUGUCCAUGACGGAAUCAAGCAUGCUUUCCUGAUUGAAGAGCAGAAAAUCAUGACAGUGUUGAGGGCAGAAGCACAGAGUCAGAAAGCCAAAUAA